CGCCGCCCGGCACAUAUAAGCGCGGCGCGGCGCGGCGGGGCCCCGGCGCCGGUGCUGCUGCCGGUACCGUCCUUCGCCGCCGGCUCCCUCCGUGCUGCCCGUCCAUCCCUCCGACCGUCCUUCCCCCUCUCCAUCCCCGCCCGCUUUGUUUUCUCGCCGUCCGCGGGCUCGGGCCCCCCACGCCGCUGCCACCCUGAAGUUUCUGGCGGUGCUGCUGGCGGCGGGCAUGCUGGCUUUCCUCGGGGCCAUCAUCUGCAUCAUCGCCAGCGUCCACCCGGCCGGCACCGCCGCGCCCGCCGCCGCCGCCGCCGACAAUGACUCGGCCGCCGCCGCGCUCCUGCCCGCCGCCGACAAGGGGCUGGGAGCGCUGCACGGCCCCGCCGAGGCUCUGGCCAGCGCCGGGCCGCGCCUGCCGGGCGGGCCGCCGCUCUUCAGCCGCUUCGUCUGCACGCCGCUGAGCACCGAGUGCCCGGCCGCCGGCACCGGCAGCGGCAGCGGCAGCGCCGCCGGCCCCGAGGAGCUGCUGGCGCUGCGCAGCGCGGCGGCCCAGCUGCGCCGCACGGCGCUCGAGCAGAAGGAGCGGAUCCGCAUGGACCAGGAGACCAUCCGCGAGCUCACCGGCAAGCUCAGCCGCUGCGAGGGCGGCCUGCGGAGCCCCCCCGCCGCCGCGCCCCCCGCCGCCGCCGGGCUCCGCGCCGCGCCGCGCCCCGGCACCAUGGGCCACCCUCCCGACGAGCCGCCCGCCGUGCGGGAGCUGGAAGAGGCUGUCCGCACCCUCCAGGACAGAAUCGACCGGAUAGAGCAGGAGCUGCCAGCCCGCACCAAUGGCUCAGCACCCACUGCCCCGGCACUUGCCCGCGACGCCCUCCACACCAAGAUGGAGCAGCUGGAGGAGCAGCUCCUUUCCAAGAUCCUGACCCUGCAGAAGGAGCGCCAGGCCGCCAGCAGUGACCGCAGCCAGCAGCAGCACAACAUCGAGAAGGAGCUGAACUCCCUCCAGAACCGCGUGACGGAGCUGGAGCACGGACCACUGGGCUACAGCCCUCCUGAUGCCUUCAAGGUGACCAUCCCAGUGCAGAACAACUACAUGUAUGCCCGCGUGAAGAAGAGCCUGCCGGAGCUGUAUGCCUUCACCAUCUGCAUGUGGCUCAAGUCCAAGGGCCUGGCAGGCAUUGGCACCCCAUUCUCCUACUCCGUCCCGAGCCAAGCCAAUGAGAUCGUGCUGUUGGAGUGGGGCACGAACCCCCUGGAGCUGCUCAUCAAUGACAAGGUUGCCCAGCUGCCGCUGAGUCUGAAGGACAAGGCCUGGCACCACGUCUGCGUGGCAUGGACCACCCGGGACGGCAAGUGGUCAGCGUACCAGGAUGGUGAACAGCGGGGUGCCGGGGAGAACCUGGCCUCCUGGCAUUCCAUCAGGCCCCAGGGUGUCAUCAUCCUGGGCCAGGAGCAGGACACCCUGGGAGGCCGCUUUGAUGCCACACAGGCCUUCGUGGGAGAGCUGGCGCAGUUCGGCGUGUGGGACCACAUGCUGGCGCCAGCAGAGAUCCUGGGCUUGGCUAACUGCACCUCCCACCUCCAAGGGAAUGUGAUCCAGUGGGAUGAGCAGGCGGUGGAGGUCUUUGGAGGUGCCAGCAAGGCGGGCUUUGCCGCCUGCGAGGAAGGGAGGAAGGCGUGAGCGGCCCCAGCCCUCUCCCAGCGCCAAGGAGCCCGCUGGCAGCCCUGAAGCAGGGAGCCCCUUUCUCCCCUCCCAGACCACUGAGCCUUGCCAGGGCAAUGCUUGAGCCCUGUGCUGGUGUCCCAGGAGGGAGAGGGGACCCUGGAAGCCUCCCUGUUGUCCCUGUGCUGGUGCUGUGGCUUGUCCUCAUUCCUGGCAGGCUGGCUCCUGAGUCUCAUCUUGCCCCACUUCUGUUUUGGGUGGAACUCGCUGUACCUGCAAGUGUCCUUGGUACGGUGAGGGUCCUCACCUUGUCAGACCUAACAGGGAGUGGGAAGGAGAACUCCCUCUGCUUUGAGUGCAGUCCAGCCUCAGUGGGAUGCCAGGGUGCAGGCAUCACCUGAACACAUCCCCUUUCCUUAUUUAUUUCUAACAACCUCACUGUCCAGUUUUAUGAGCCUGCAUUCCAGGAUCCCACCUCCAGCCCCAUCCUUCUCCUGCUGCCCUGGUUUUUCAAAUGUGGCCCCAGGGAAGCUGAGGGAGAAUGGCAGAGAGUCAGUGGCACAGCACUUACCCCCCUGCACCCCUUUCCCUGCCUCUGCUGCCUGUUUGGGCAGGGCUGCCCGAGGAGAGCCAGGCUUUUAAGGCAGAGGGAAGAGAGACUCCCCACCACCUCCAAGCUGGGGGAUGGGUCAGCCACCAAGGGAAUGGGGGAAAGGGGCAAAGCAUCUCCCCCAGCGCUGGCCGAGGGGGAAGGAGUGCAGCACUGCCACCAAAGGGAGCAAAAGCAAGAAAAAGAGAGAUGGAAGAUGGUGGUGGUCAGAGGAGCCCUGCCAUCCAUCCCCCAGUCUUUUGGUACUGGAUUGGGCUACUGCCCUUGGUUCCACCCAGGUCCCCUUCUUUAGCUGCUCCUUGCCAGGAACAGGGCUGCCACCGGCCUUGAAACUGGGAGGGUGACAGAGCAGGCUGGUGUUCUCCCUGUGUGUGGAGUGCCUGAGAAUCCGCUGUUUCCACACUGCGUGGUCACCAACAUCUCGAUAUGUGAGUGUGUGUAUGUGCACGUGUGUGUGUGUGUGUGUCUGGGGGUGGGGUGGGAGGGUAAUUUCGGGGCUCUCAUGGUUGCUCAAUGCAGUGUUCAGCUUCCAGUGUUCCCCCUACCCCAAGUCCCACUUUGGGUGGCAGCUGCCCCCUCCCUGGGGGAGGCAAAGCUGGCAGAAGGGACAGCCCUGCUGCCCCCCAUCCCCCUGCCCAGUGCUGGGGUGGCUCAGCCCACUGGGGAUGACACGGCGGGGAUGGGGAGCAGCCCCAGUGCCAAGUGGGAACACUGUGACCUCCGUGCACCCUGAGGAGCUGCCCCCUCUCCCUCCCUCGCUCGCUCGCUCGCGCGCUUUCUCCAAUGCACGUUGUGAAAAGGGCCCUGAGGCGUGCCCGUGUUGGGGCGCUUCUUUUGUAAAGCUGAUCGUGAACAAUAAACGUGAUGUUUUCUGUUCGA